GGCUCCUCCCUAGCCACCUCUCCCUCUUCUUCUCUAUUUAUACACCAACCUCUCUCCCUAGCUUCUCUGUUCCUCCUCAGUCCUCACCCCAGAAACUAAAGCGCCUUCAUUCCAUCAGCAGAGAUGCAGCGUGCGCCAUUAUCAGCAGUUGAAGCUGCCAGCAUGAUCUCAGCUUUUCUCUCCUCUCUUUCCCUUGAGCCUGAGGGAAAGUUCAGAUCAUGUGGCAGUUUCACCUGUUGCUGGCUCCACGAACCAGCCAACCCAGAUUCAGAUCUGUUCUCAGAAACACCACACCAACAAACCCUAGCUAGUUCCAAAACCCUAGACAGAAGGGGCGGAGGUAGUGGGUUGGAAGGGGGUGUCACUGCACACUCUUGGAUGUGGGAGAAAGAGUUAAAAUUAGUAGGUUGUAAUGAAACUUGUACAUGAAACAUUAUUUUUAGUGCUUAAUUAGUAUUUCUACCAUCAAACUACAAGUAAUAAUGUAUAUUUAAAUUAUCAUUAGUUAUAAAGAUUAUAUCAUAGUUAGUAGAUAAAUAAAAUAAAAUCAAAAUAAAAACCAUAUGCCAUUAACUUGGCCUUUUUAAUAUGUAAUUUUUGAGACGAUAAUCGUUAUCUCCAACGUAUAGUGACUUUUAUCCUCUCACAAUACAACAAUGUCAACUUAUUGGGGUUCUAUUAUCUAACUAUCUUGUCAAACAUGGUUGCUAAGUCGCUCACCUCUACCAUCUCAUUCCAAUCGACAUUACUCGGUUAUCCAUGAUCAUUAGAUUGACUUUAACGUACGUAAUUGUCCAUGGUUUGGAAUGAUUAACCAAACCACAAAUCAUUAGUUGGUAGGACAUAUUGAAAAUAAGGUCUUUGGUAGUCU